GAGUAGUUUAUAUGAAAUCAAACAUUCAGUCAUAUGGAUUUCAAAUUAGUAUUAUCCACUUUUAAAAUGAAAAAUUAUACGAGUACAAACCGAACAACAAAAAUAUAGCACAGGAAUUUUUGAUGUGUGACUUAUUCAUAUAAUCCCCUUAUUUGCGACAACAUACGAAAAUGAUGAAUAAGGAGAAAUACCUAUUCAAAUUUGAGACGGAUAAAUUACUUUCCUCUCUUGAAACAUAGGAUGAACAAUUAUUGGUAAAGAUAGCACGUAUUUUAAAUCAUUAAUAACCAUAGGGUAGUUAUUAGAAGCAGUUUAGACGUUACAUAUACACAACAUCCCAGGGAGAUGUUUCAAUAUUAAUAAUAUUUUGUGGAAUGAAACCUAACAAAAAAUCACUCUAAUGGAAUUUGGCUUAUCUUCUCCACUAAUAAUAUACCCCCCUGAAUUGCUCAAUAAAAAAUACCGAUGUUAUGGAAUUGAAAUUGAUUCAUUCUUGAUUGGGUGUACACUUUACCAAUUGUAUUUUCGAAAACCUUUAGAACUACAAGAAUAACUAUUAGAUAUGAAUUUUCGUGAUUUAAAUAUGGAAUUAUCUAAAAUUCAAUCGCCACUCAUUAGAGAACUCUUGAUUGGACUACUUCAAUUUAACUUAUCCAAAAGAAUUUAAUUUAAAGAUCUGGCCAGACUCCUUAAGAGCAAUCAGGUUAUAUAAGAAUUUUAUUCUUAAAUUAAAAUAUUCAAACCAAAAUAGAAUAUAAUUGAUUAGAAGAUUUUCUUCAGAGAAUCAAGAUAAGACGCGAGUAGUCCCACUUACAUUAUUACUGAUACUGCCUUAUUAGAGUCUUUGAUUAUGCUACCUGAUUAGUCUUAAAGCACUUUACAAUCAACGUAAGAGCCCUUAAAACAAGUAAAGAAAUUUUCAAUUGUUGAAGACACUUUGAUGUAGUACCAAUUCAAAUUAGAGGUAAGUAAAUUUUAAUGUUUUGAUGAAGUUAUUAGUAUUCUGAAGGAUUAUAAUCAAGACAUAGCACCUGAACUAGGUUUAACAAUAUUGGCACUAAAUUUUGGAAAAAUUUUUUUUCACUUACUUUUAAUUAGAGAACUAGAAAUUGAAAAUUCUACUUACUUCUCUAAAGAUGAUCUAGAAAUGAAGUUAUGGAAAUCAUAUAAAACUUUUAAUUCCUAAGUAAUAAACAAUGAAAUUGGAAAAUUAAAAAACAAUGCAAAUAUGUUGAAAAUUUCAUUUAAUAGAGAAUAAUAAAUAAAAUGCGUAUAAUUACAGAUUACUAAGAAUGAAAUAGAAAAUUAAGAUUUUCUGUAAUCAUAGUUAUUUAAACUUUAAUACUUCAAUAAUUCUUUGAGUAAUUAGGAACAAUCAAAUAAAUUUCUUGAUGCAUAUCGAGUUUAAUGUCUAAUUCAAUUGCAAAUAAUAAAUGAUAAUCUUGAUUUUACGAUGAAUAUCCAAACCGCUCAAAAACUAAGGUAGGGUUUGAUUUUAUGUACAUUUGCAGAUAUCCUCUUUAAACCAAAACUUGAAUGUCAUAAAUAUGUUUUGGAAACCUUGAAAAUCUAAGAGAUUUCUCAUUAUCAGCAAUUUAUUGAAUACAUUAAACUAGAUACCUCCUCAUUCAACGAAUGGUUCUAAUAGGUGAUUAAUUACUUGAUGAAUCACGAAUUAGGUAGAUAAUAUAUCAACUAUUUGAAUUAAUUAAUAUGA